AUGAGGCUCUUCGUCAAUCACACCCCUGAUUCCAGCGACAGCAUCAACAAGGGUUCACGGCCUGCAUCCAUGUGGCUUGUUGCAAACACAACCCGUCUCCUUGAACUUAUUGACCAAAUUCAUCAGAGCUUGUCUCGAGCAGGACCCCAAACGCAGGCUGUGCGCUCCGCGAAUCAACAAGACCACCCAGAACUUCGAGAUAACUACAGUUUCUACACAAAUCAGAUUCCAUGUCGUCCAGAAGGGAUGUUUGUGGAUGAACUCCUGGCAUCUCUGACUGCUAAUCCACGUGAUUGGGAUACAAGUCAUGGCUUCAUCACCUGGCUGUUCCCCACUCGAGAAAUUGGUUUCAACCUUGAAGCUCAGCCAUUACAACUGCAUGAAGCACAGAAAACUGCACGUAAAGCACCUCGCUCCCAGCGCUCAAAGCUCUGUCAGCUGAGGCAUGCUGCUUCUCGACCCCUUCCUCUUCCCCUCGUCUUAUGA